AUGGAUUCCUUUGAAUUCAACAACGUUAAGGCAGAGAAAGAAGAUGCUCUAUGGAGAUACAACAUGGAGAAGAACCUAAGGUUCGGUCUUCAAUUCAUCGGCUUCUUGUUGGCUUUGUUUUUGACGUCUUGGUCUUUGGUUCCAGACAUCUUCGAGGUUGCUGGAGAUCUUCGCCUACGUUUCAUCAACACUCUCGACGAGCCUCUUUUGGUUUUUCUCGUUUUGAACAUCAUCAUCCUCGUUGUUUAUGUUUUGUCUAGCCACAAACAGAUCCAGAAACAAUCUGAUAUCUAUGACGAGUACGUCCGCUCUUGCCGGGGUAUCAUACCUACACCCGCCGUUGCUGAGAAGAAAGAAAUUAUCCUGGCCGAAAAUUUAGUUGCUGCUACGGAGACAAAACGUCCCUCCGCGGAGGAGACCACGGUGGACAAACAAAUCGUCCCGGUGGAAAAUGCGGGUACUGUUGCAGAGACAAAACGCUCCGUUUCACCAUUACAAAACCCACCUCCUUCGACGGCAACGAGCCUUACAUUGACAAAGCCUAAUCCUGUAAUAACUUCAACCGAUAAAGUCAAGCAAAAAGAGUACCGAAGAACACGAUCGUUGGUCACGGAACCCGGAAACCAACGUCCCCGCCGGGAGUUCAAAAGAUCGGAGACGACAAUGAUGGGCAGAGAGAGCUUGUGGCUUCAAGGACUGAGCCGCCACGGAAAUCGCUGGAUGAGAUGA